AUGGCGAGGAGAAUAGCCAAGAAUGGUGGUAUCAAGGAAGAGAGACCUUCUUUCUUCAAGGUCAUUCUUCCUGGUUACAACACUGAACAGUUGUUUCUGUUUUUGUAUGUGUUCUUGAAGAGGAUUCCACCGCACUUCCUAGAGCAUGGUAGAAAUGACCAACCUGAAAGGGCAACUUUGACAUGGAACAUGUCUUUAGAGCGUUCGUGGACUGUCAAAGUGUGCAGAACAAAAGAAUGUGUGUAUUUCAAGGAUGGGUGGCGGAAUUUUUUAAAUGAUAACUCAGUGAAGGAAGGUGACUUCCUAGUGUUCACCUAUGAAGGGGAGAUGCAUUUCAGCAUACAUGAUUACGAAAAUAAUUGUUGCAAGAGAGGCGAUUUUCCUACUAAUAAUGAACCACACGAAGAAUCUGCCCCUGCUAAGAGUACUAAAAGGAAUCCUGGUAGUCCAAAGAAAGAUUAUUCAGCUGAAUCUUUCCGGUCCAAGUUUCCUCAUUACACAAGAUCUAUCAAGAAAAAAUAUUGUGUGUACUCAAUUCCCACAGCCUUCUAUAGGAAGUAUCUUUCUGCACGCAACUAUGAAGUUGCUUUCCUGAAGAUUUCAGGGGGAACCAAAUGGUACAAAGUGAAGCUUGUCCCUUCCCUUCAAACAGCCUUCAUGUCUAAAGGGUGGUCUGUGUUUGCGCAUGAUAACCAAAUCGUGGUUGGAGAUGUUUGCGCUUUCGAGCUCUUGAAAGAGAACAAAAUGGUGGUUCACAUUCUCCGGAAGUGA